AUGGGCAAUGUCAGAUGCAUUGGCCCGGAUGCGAUCUGCGAAUCUGCAAACGGCAGCAAGACGAUUUGGGUCGAGGCGUUGCGGACGGGGAGUGGCUGGCCUCUUGGAUCGUCGCAGCCAAGAUCAGACGUCGGAGGUUUCGGCAGGCUAAGCAAGAACCGGCCAGGAACCCCACACAGCUACACCAUCUACUUGUAUCCACAUGCACCCUCCAUCCACCCACCCACCCCCGAUCUGGCCCUGCGGCACAACUCGCGGUGCCGAAGUAGCGGCAUGGAGCACGCCCAUUACGUCGCUGGCCCCCGCCCCGGCCGACAUGGCUCUGCUGCCGAUCCCGACACAGCCUCGCCGCAGGCCCUGCCCAUGCCGCCCCCCUCCACGCCCACGGCUGCCAUGCUGAUGCAGAUCGGCUUGGAUGGCGCGCGAGGACGCAUGCGGCCGCCCCGUUUCAGUUUCCACCAUGACUCUUCCAUUGACCGGCAAAAGUCUCGUCUUCAUGCGUUCGCAUGCCCUCCUCCGCAUUUCUGGAACGUCGAAAACACCGCCCAAGGGCCAGUCAUGCUCCCAACUCCUGUCAGUCUUGGGAUGGUUUCAAGUCGUGUCUGCUGGGAAUCUGGCGGCUCUUCUCUUCCCGAACCGACCGUGUGUGUCUACCAAAGGCUCUAUUGGCCGCGCUGUCGUCAGGCCGCCAUCUGCUCGCCCUGAGGACCACAACGGCCAUGACAAUGUCUGACGACUGAGACACGCUGUGCUUGCAGAUUCACAAAGUCGUCCGACCCAAGGGCGCCCGCCGUGUGACAGGCCGUUCAACGGCGCAUCGCAAUCAAACGUUACGGAUGAGCCACAAACAUGUCAAGUCGCCCGGAGGAACCAUGGCCAUCAGCGCCAUCGCGCCUUACGGCAUUCCCCGCCUGUCAAUGCAACCUACCUGAAUACCGGUCCAGCGACUUUCUGAUAUGCGUCCAUUCUGCUAUUCUAAUCAGAGACAAUGACCUGCUAAAGUCCUACCAGACGUGUGUGUGUAG